AUGACCCGAGUGUUGUGUGUGGCGGAGAAGCCUUCGAUUGCAAAAGCAGUCGCGAACCACUUGGGUGGCCAAGCCCGUGCUGAAAACGUCCGUGGCAUUCAAUAUGUCAAAAACUACAAGUUCGACUUCCGCUUCAAUCCCUGGGGCAAUUGCUCCGUAACCUUUACAUGUGUCGCGGGUCACAUUGUGCAUCGAGACUUUAACGAUCAGUUCAAGAAAUGGCACUCUUGUCCGCCAUCGGCAUUGUUCGAUGCUCCGAUAGUUUCCAGCAUAGCACAGGACAAAAAGGUCGUGGCGAGCAACAUUGAAGCGCAAGCCCGAUAUGCAUCCAUCUUGUAUAUAUGGACCGACUGCGAUCGCGAAGGGGAGCAUAUUGGAAGUGAGAUCCGCGAUAUUGCGCUAAAAGCGAAUCCAAACAUGCAGGUCUGGAGAGCGCGCUUCAGCAACAUUGAGAGAGCUCAUGUCAUCCAGGCCUCGCAGAACCCCAUCCGCUUGGAUGAAGCGCAGGCUGAAGCCGUCUCGGCGCGUAUGGAACUAGAUCUUCGCCUGGGCGCAGCCUUCACGCGCAUGCAAACAUUUGCGCUUCAAAACGUGAUCCCUCAACAAGGCGAAGAGCGUGGCAAGGUCAUUAGCUACGGCUCCUGCCAAUUCCCGACCUUGGGCUUUGUUGUCGAUCGCUAUCUGCGCGUCCGAAACUUUGUCCCUGAGCCGUUUUGGUACAUCAAAGUAGGGCACACAAAAGAGUUAGAGCAGACAAAAGACAAGGUAGACGUCAGGUUUAGCUGGCGACGCGGCCAUUUAUUUGAUCGCAUGGCCGUCACAAUCAUCUUCGAGAAAUGCUUACUUGCAAAGACGGCAAAGGUCGUCAAGAUGAGUAAAAAGCCGACUAGCAAGUGGAAGCCGUUGCCUCUGACGACUGUAGAACUGCAGAAGAUGGGAAGUAGGUUCCUACGCAUGACUUCGCAGGACGUCAUGAAGGUGGCUGAAGAGCUCUAUACCAAAGGAUGGAUCAGUUACCCGCGUACCGAAACAGAUCAGUUUGACCGCGCCAUGGAUCUACGGACACUUGUUGGAAGGCAAACUCAAGACGGUCGCUGGGGUCCAUUCGCGCAGAAUCUCAUGAACGGCGGGUUUCAUCAACCUCGCCAGGGCCGCAACAACGACAAAGCCCAUCCGCCCAUCCACCCUGUAAACUACGUCGCGCCUACGCAGCUCAACGAUAGGGAGCGAACGGUGUACGAGUUUGUCGUCCGUCGCUUUCUCGCAUGCUGCUCCGAAGACGCUGUCGGUGAAGCUACGGACAUUGAGAUUGAUUAUGGCGGCGAGUUCUUCCACGCGCACGGUCUGACUGUCAUCGCACGCAACUACCUCGACGUUUACCCAUACGACAAGUGGGAAAGUAGCCAGGUGCUUCCCAAGUACGCAGUGGGCGAAACAUUUGAACCGACAGAGGCGAACAUGCAAGACGGCCAGACAUGUGCACCAAGUUACCUCACCGAACCCGAGCUUAUCUCGCUAAUGGACGCGAAUGGCAUUGGCACAGACGCUACCAUGGCUGAACACAUUGCCACGAUUCAAAAGCGGGAAUACGUAAUUGCGCGAGCCAAAGGAGGCGGCGCAGCAGUUGCUGGUACAGACAGAGGUCGAGGUAGAGGAAGAGGUGGACGAGGCGGGCGCGGCGGGAGAGGCGGCGCAGCAGUUGGUCAGGAUGGCGGAGGGACGAGCGGGGUGCAAGAGUUCAUUCCAACGACACUGGGUGUCGCGCUUAUCGAGGGAUACGACAAUGUAGGAUUUGAGACGAGUCUUAGCAAGCCAUUUCUACGGAAGGAAAUGGAGGUUCAGAUGAAAGCCAUCUGCGAGGGCCGCACUACACGCAACGAUGUGGUUCAGCAGAACCUGGAAAAGUACCGCGCCGUGUUUAAUCGCACGAACCAGCAGAUCAACGUGCUCAAAUCGGCCGUCACAAAGUAUGUCGUCAACGCGAAUCAUCAUGGCUGA